GUUUGCCCAUGCGCUGUUUGGUACUACUCUCUCCACGUCAGACGUGAUCUCACUGAUCUGCACUCGGCAGAGAUGGCACCAGGCGUAAGGAGAAAGUCUCCCAAUUCCACUUCUUCCCCACUAUGGGGGAAGCUGCAUUCUCUGUGGCAGGACAAACACAUGGUUCCUUUCAAAACGGAAUACACGUUACUGGUGGUUUCAGUUCUGUGGUUCCUGGAAAUCGGCAUUAAUGCUUGGGUCAUACAGAAAGUAGCAUACACAGAGAUAGACUGGAAGGCCUACAUGGAUGAAGUGGAAGGCGUCAUCAAUGGCACCUACGACUACACUCAGCUUAAAGGAGACACAGGCCCCCUUGUGUACCCAGCAGGCUUUGUCUACAUCUUCACUGCUCUUUAUUACAUCACCAACCACGGCACAAACAUACGUCUGGGGCAGUACAUUUUUGCUGCAUUCUACCUCAUCACUCUGCUGCUGGUCUUCAGGAUAUAUAACCGAACUAAAAAGGUUCCUCCCUAUGUGUUUUUCUUUGUGUGCUGCGCCUCCUAUAGAAUCCACUCCAUCUUUGUGCUGCGUCUCUUCAAUGACCCAGUGGCGAUGAUGCUGCUGUUUGCAGCCAUCAAUCUCUUCAUGGAUGGAUACUGGACUGUGGGCUGUGGUGUCUUCAGUUUAGCUGUGUCUGUAAAAAUGAAUGUGCUCCUAUUUGCCCCUGGGCUUCUUUUCCUGCUUCUCUCUGAGUUUGGUCUUAUCAAGACAAUCCCAAAACUUUCCCUCUGCGCAGGGAUACAGCUUUUACUGGGCCUCCCUUUUCUUCUGGAGAAUCCCGCCGGUUACUUGAGUCGGGCUUUUGAUCUUGGUCGUCAGUUUAUGUUCCAGUGGACAGUGAACUGGCGUUUCCUGCCUGAAUGGCUCUUUUUAAAUCGGUACUUCCAUCUAGCCUUGUUGGCUGCCCACCUGCUCACCUUGCUGCUCUUUGCUCUUCACUCAUGGAAGAAACCAGGAGAAGGUGUUUUUGAGCUGCUAAAGGAGCCCGGAAGGAGGAAAAUCCCACCACAGAAGAACACAGUGGAUCAGGUUGUCUUGAUCCUCUUCACUUCCAACUUUAUCGGCAUGUGCUUCAGUCGUUCCUUGCACUAUCAGUUUUAUGUCUGGUACUUUCACACACUGCCUUACCUGCUCUGGAGUGGAGGAGUGAAGAAGAUGGCCCAUCUGCUCAGGGUGCUGAUUCUGGGUUUGAUUGAGCUCUCCUGGAACACCUACCCCUCCACUAACGGCAGCUCGGCUUUACUUCACGUCUGCCAUCUCAUCAUUCUCCUGUGUCUUUGGAUGGCACCGCCUCUGCAUUUAUCCCCCGCAGACUCGCAACAACAACAUAGAACUGUAAAAGACAAACGCCACUGAGUGCCAGAUCGGUUUCAGCGGCAGAAAAAGAUCAAGGAAGGAGGUCAUGGUUUGUACUGGGUAUACACAAAGAAAAUGAGCCGUUUGGUGCUUCUCCCUCAACUCAAUGCUGAAAGUGAAUGAAGUGAACAUGUGGGUACUCUUUGCCCAAAUGAUGAAAUGUGUCUUUUGGUUGAAGACACAAAAAGAAAGAACCACAAUACUCUCAGGUUUCAUUUUUCCAAUAUAUAACAGUAGUCUAGUGCAGUGUUACUGAAAAGCUGUGAUGAUUUCUCUUUUUAGAAAAUAUUUAUUACUGGGUGAGUUAAAGCUACAGUCUGGCCAAAAUUGAAUUAGUUGCAAUUGUGGAUAAUUGAAUGAUAUUUAAUGUCAAUUUCAUCAAUAAGGAUGUAGAUUAAAUUUAAUAUAUCAAAAAA